AUGGGUAUCCUCGAGCGGUCUAAGUCUGCAGGGCUUACAGGAAAGAGAACGUGCAAGAAGAAGGUGGAGCUCCCUGCUCUGAUGACUGCUAUGCAUGAGGACCGAAAACGCUCUACCUCCUUUGAACGCCCCAAGACCGCAGACACUUCUGCCAGCUUCUCCCGUCCACGGACUGUGAAUGCCGCGGUAGGGCGAAGCUCAGACCUGCACCAUCCAGCCUUCAAGAUCGAUUUCAUGGCUGGUGGCGAGAUCUUCAGCUUCCCAACGCCGUCGCUGGUGCCGAAGAGCGCUACAUUGCACAUUCCGCCAUCCGCAUUGGACGAUCUCCCCUCACCCGCUAUCGGUGUUGCUAUCGGCUCUGCUAGCCAUGCGAGACCUGGAUGGGGUCGAUCCGCAACGGCCGACAGCGCGUCCCCCCGCAUGCCCUCACAGCCCCCUCCAACCAGACCGCCACCAGCUCUACCAAACCACCCCGACCUGGAGAUACCGCUGGCUGCGAUCAAGCGCAGGAAACCAAGCUGGAGGAAUCUCAGCCUCUUAUUCGGACGACGGCCCGAAAAGCUCGUGUAUGAAGAGCCGCUGUUCAGACUCAAGAUGCCCAACGCCAUUGAGGACAGGGAUAUCUUGAUUCCCGAUCUCGCCGAGCUGCCAGAACGAGGCACCACACCGUUGUCGCCUUUCCGCUGUCGGUCCCCCUCUCUCACCCGGGGGCAAGCGAGAUUCGAGUCGCGUGCUGAGACAGACAAGGCCGCUUUGAUGCCAAACGGCCAAUUCAAGACCUUGCGCUCGCCAGUCGAGAUCCAAAAGGACUCGUUCAGCCCGAUGUUCCGCACUAUCAAUGGAAUUCCAGAGGACGAUGUUUGGAUCAACGAUCCCCGCAAAGACUCGCCGCUGUCACUCAUGUCCCCUCAGUCCUUCAGCAAGCAGGCCGCGACAAAUGUCGUCGUGCAAGCUCCACACCUAGACCUGGACCUGCCCGAUCCGAAAUUCGAGCGAUACAGCAUAAUGUUUGAGAAGCUGCUCGUGGAAAACAGGCCUUCGCUGCUCGAACGUCGACAAAGCAGACUCGGACGAGUCCAAUCAGUCAAGAAACUCGAGCUCUCCUCUCACAAAGUCGAACAAAUGCCCGUACCACGUCUCGAAGUCAACGGAGUCCCCGAGUCCAUUACAAUCGCAUCCCCAAGCCUCGCAACAUCUCUCUCCUACCGAAUCGGAAAGAAGGUCCUAUCCCCAGUAGCAGAAGCCUUCACAGCCCUGCAUCGACCCCGCCCAGUGCAGAGAUCCAAAACCGCGCCUCCCCUCCCCACCUCCCCACUAGCCAGAGUCUUUGCAAAACUCGCCAUCGAGAUUCCAAGCGCUUCGCCGGCUUCAGAAUGCCACACCGACUUCUCGCUGCCUCCUACUCCCCUGACAUUCACCACGAUUUCUGAAAGCGGUUCAAUGGGCGACAUGGACGAGCAGUGCAAAGUUGCCCAUCUGCGCAUUCGAUCACCCACGGAGCACAGGGUGCACGUCAGCGUGGCGAGGGAAGUCGAUGUGAGGAAGAGUUUGGAGCAAGGCCGCGGCUCCAUGGAGAGCACGCAACCGCUGCGACCCAAAAUGGUGGAGUUGUUCAAGAGCCGCACGAGCACGGCGGUGCUGAUUGAGGUUGCGGAGGAGUGA